GCCAUGCUCUCCAAUCGCAUGCAGAAAAAUGUGGACAGCUUCAUGCCCAAGAUCGCCGUCCAGGUCGCCCAGCGCAGCGCCGACGUCCCCCCCAUCGACCUGGGCACGGCCGAGAACCGGCUGAUCCGCCAUGAGAUGGUGGAGAUCAUCAAGCAGGCCAUCCAGGACAACCUCACCGUGGCAGACCUGUCGUAUCAGAAAGGAUUCGCCGGCGACCCUCGCCUCCAGGCUGCCCUGGCGCAUCUGUUCUCCACGCGCUUCCACGCUCUGGUCCCCGUCCAGGCCAGCGAGGUGGUGGUCGGGCCUGGCGGCGGCGCCAUCAUCGAUUCCUUUGCGUUCAGUGUGGGCGAUGUUGGCGACGCGAUGCUCGUGCUGGCGCCUUACUGGAGCGGCUUCAGCUUCCAGUUCGAGGUCAGACCCGACGUGACCAUCAUCCCCGUCCAUGUCUCCUGCGACGAUCCAGGCGAGAUAGCCGGCAUGCUGGAAACGGCCCUGGCAGAGCAGACUCGCGCCGGCCGCCGCGUCAGGGCCGUCGUGGGCUGCAACCCGCACAACCCGCUGGGCCAGUGCUUCACGCGCGACGUGCUCACGGCGCUGCUGCUCUUCUGCCAGGCCAGGGAGCUGCACUAUCUCUCCGACGAGGUGUAUGCGCUGUCGACGUACGAGUCGGAGGACUGCCCGGCGCCGGAGCCGUUCACCUCGGUGCUGGCGCUGGACCUGCCGGCUCUGGGGGUCGAUGUCUCGCGCGUCCACAUGGCCUGGAGCAUCAGCAAGGAUCUGGCGUGUAACGGAUUACGACUGGGCACGUUUGUCAGUAGAAACCCGCAGGUGGCGCUGGCAGUGGCUCUGGGAGCCAACACGCAGGUGUCGGCAUUGACGGCCAUCGCGAUGACCAGCCUGCUCACCAACGAGGCCCAGCUGGAGCAGAUCUUGAAGCUGAGCCGGACGAGACUGCAGACCGCGUACGCAGCCAUGCGGCGCUUCCUCCGCGCCCACGAGAUGGAGUAUAUCCCGGCCUGGGCGGGCAUGUACGUCUGGGCGCGUCUGGACAAGACCAUCACCACCUGGGAGCAGGAGACGGCGCUGCAGAAACGGCUGGCGGAUCACGGCGUGGCCGUCAGUGCCGGUCGAUCGUAUUCCAGCCAGCAGCCGGGCUGGUAUCGACUGAGCUUUGCCUUGGAAGGGGAUGCUCUGGCAGAGGGAUUGCGUCGGAUUGAAGCUGCCUGUGUAUAA